UCAGUGGGGCCCGUCUUAUUUUAGACAGACAAAUGUAUUUGUUGCCAUAGCAAAGUUUCCAGGGAAACCGAUCAGUCAGUUUAAGCCCAAAGACAGACAGACAAAAAAAAGAAGAGAGAAGAAUGAAUGAAAUGAACCUCCCAGGUGCAUGCACUCCACACAGCAUUGUCUUCCUCAGCUGCGUGUGCUCCUCUUGCUCAAACGUUGAAAUGAUUUACUGACAUGCAAAAGCUCUGUGGUUCAUGUCUCUUCAAGAGUUUCAUGUUAGGCUGAAUGAUUGAAAUGAGAUCAGUAAAAAUAAUUGAAAGACCUGUUUUGGUUCCUGGGGAAAGAAAACAUUAUUCUAUUAUGACAGAGCGCGCUUGUAGUUAUUUUGAAAAUGGCACAGAUAUCCCGAUAAAACAUGAUUUAUUUGUACAGUUUUGAGCUGAACAUGCUAAGAUUCAUCCGCCUGUGAUGAGGAAGCGGUGUGUUUUUUUUAGUUGGUCCUGCUGGGAAACACACAGUUUGAUCUUAUUGGUCAGCUGCGGUCCUGUGCCGCGUAUAAAACGCACGACAGGCGCUCCGGAGCGGAGACCGUCUGAGGGCGCAGAGCAGCGCCGCGGAGCGCGCACGCUUCACCGCGGAGAGAACACCUGUUACUGACGGAGCGAGCGGACAAAGAGGAGCGUCUCCUUCUCUGCAGUGCUACACACCUGACUGCAUCUACGCGACACACCCACGCAUCCCACUGGUUUGUGGGACCAUGUGGGUUCUGGAUAAGAUCCGUGGGUCGGUGGAGACCGGCGUGCUGCGACAGGGGGAGAACGGAGACAAGAAAGGCGUCACCCCGUCCUACAGCAACGUCCUCACUCCCGACAAGAUCCCAGACUUUUUCAUUCCUCCGAAGCUCGUCAGCAGCCCUCCGGAACCUGAGAUUCCUAAUGUGAAGCCCAAAGAAGGAUUGCAACCCUCGACUUCAGAGCAAACCAUCAGCAGCGGGAAGAAGAUCAGCUGCCCAAGAAGUCCACGCCUGGUAGCCAAGAUCGCUGGAGACACCAAGAACUUGCUGAGAGCAGCGAACCGCCACAUCAUACAGAUAGAGAGUGCUGAUGAUGUCGUGGCUGGAGACACCAAUGCAGACCCCCAGUCCCAAACAGCAAUGUCCCUGCCCUACGUUCCCAAGACUCACACGCCUUACGGCUUUGCAACCUUGAAGGAAAGCCCCCACACUCGCCGCAAAGAGUCACUGUUCCAUUGCGAGCAUACCAGCCCUAACACCUCCCCAAACACCCAGAGGAAGGGGAAGAGCAGCGAAGGAGGAAACCAUCUGAAUCCAGCAGACUUCAACACCUCUCACAUGAAUCCUUAUCGAUACUUCAGCGGCGGGGAAAGUGACACCUGCUCCUCUGCCGAGUCCUCUCCCUUCAGCUCGCCGCUGCUGUCCCGCUCUGCCUCCCUGCUCAAGAUCUUCACCCACGAGACGCAGGCCAAAGUCGUGAAAGCCAAGCGGACGUUCGCCCGCCACAGCUCCCUCUCCACCGACGAGUGCAGCUCGGCCGAGCCCAGCCCCAACAUCCAGCGGCGGCUCCACCUGCCCUCCUUCCACGGCGGUGCUGGAGCGACAGACCACGGGCUCCAUCGCGAGCACACCAUCAAUCUGCACAAAGGCGGCUCGAUGAGGAUCAACGCCAACUAUGACUCCAGCACCUCCCGCCUGCUUAUCCGCAUCCUGGCUGCAGAGAGUCUUUACGACAAGCACUUUGACAUCAAGAGCAUCAACUGCUGCGUGUCCGUCUACCUGAAUCCGGGCAAGCUGCAGAAGCAGCGGAGCAACAUCAUCAAGAACAGCCGCAACCCGGUCUUCAACGAGGACUUCUUCUUUGACUCGAUCAGCUCGGUUCAGGUGAAGAACCUGUCGGUGAAGUUCAAGGUGGUGAACAAAGGCACCAGCCUCAAGAGGGACACGCUGCUGGGAGAGCGAGAGGUGCCUCUAACAAAGCUGCUCUCAGGCGUUUAAAGCCACAGGACCUGGAGGUCAAAGGAGGCAACAAAAAAAAGGAUAUGAACUGAAACUUAAAUUAGAUGUUUGCACUGGUUUCUAUACAAAUUACUCUUUUUUUCCCAACAGAUGAAAACAGUGAACAUUGCAAUGACAGUAGAGCAAAAGAAGAGUUAAAGAGGGGCUUUCUUCUGACAAGUGACAAAAAAGCAAGAUCAGAAACUAAAUAUCUUGAUCUACGUAGAUGGAUGAAGGAUUUAUGGUGGUUGAGGCCUGCCUGGUUCCUUCCCCCAAUCAUGAAUGCUCAUUUAACCAAGCUGGGCUCAAUAGCAGCAGAUGAAUUGGACAGAUGAAAGGGUUUUUUUUUUCUGGACAUAUCUCCCAGCCAACUUCAGCCAGGUUUGGUUCAAAGGUUUGUCAACACCUGUGCAUCCACCUGUCCCGGUGUCCUUGCCUGCACCGUGUUCGUCAUGUGUGGCAUGGUUUUAUUAUUGUAAUGUGACAUAAAUCCACGGGAUGUGAUUCUACAUUAGCUACACUGUUCUAAUGUCCAGCACAAAGAUGCUUUUGUGAAUCAGUGCGAGCUUUGCGAGCUUUGAAGUGGCACUACAUACUGAUGUGCAAAUGACCCUUUGAUCCCAGUUGCCAUAGCCUGCCUCCUGCAGGGGAGGGCGAGGGACAAACAGAGCAGCCACAAUUUACAUGCACAUCAAAAAAUGGAAUGAUAAUAACAAUUGUAAUGCAAGUAGGUAAGCAAGCAUAAUCUGAUUAUGUAGUUAUGUUCUUAUUAACAGAAAGUAAAACCCCAGUAACGUGUUCCUGCUGCAAACAAUCUCAAAGUUUUGUCUGUAAUUUAGUAAAAGUUAAAGGUGCCCUGUGGAGGUUUCUAGUAAACAAACCAAAUGCAUUUUCUCCCUCCUAAAACAGCUUUUUUUAUAUUUUAAUUCCUGCAUUGUUUAUGUCUGUUUCCACUUCCUAGCGUUCUUCUUCUUGACUGGCUUUGCUGGUGCAUGGUUACGCUUGUUGGCUCAUCACAGCCAUCAACUGUCAAUCAACAGAAUAGCGUGAAACCAGCGGCAGGACGUGAUUUGCAGCACACACGCACGACACAAUGCAUGUUCAAAAACCUCUACAGGGUAUCUUUAAAGUUGUUUUUUCUUUAAAUUAAUCUAAAAAGUAAAAAAAAAAAAGCAAAAGAUUGAUUCAUUUUUAUUGAUUCUAAAGCAACAUUCAGACACUCGUUUAAAAAAAAGUGAAGCAUCUUGAAACAAGUUGAUUUCUAUGGGUUUUUAUGUACUCACUGAUUUCGUUUUAGGGUUCAAAAUUAGAGGUAGAAAUUCAUGCCGUGUGGGAUACCUGAAUUUUAAUGUCUUUAAUAGCCACCAGUUAUGAUUUCAACUACAUGAAACCCAGCUCACUGAGUUAAUGAAUGUGGUAUAUGGAUAUUCCUUCAUAUAUUUGAUAUGUACUUUAUUUCUGUCUGGUUAAUGAAAUCUCUUCAGCCUUCUCAAGAACCUGUGUUGAACCUGCAGCUUGUUACGCAUGCCUCAUCCAGUGUGGGCACCAUGAUUAAAUCUUCUGCAACAAGGCAACAGGCUCUUGCGAAAUACUCCUACAUCUAAACCAACAUCUUCACUCUGCAUUCAGAAUGCUUGGCGAUACGUCUAGGUUAUACUGCACAGAUUCCCGCCACCAAGAACGCAGGAGCAGAGACGAUUCGCUUAGAGUUUUUGAAUCGGUCACACGGCCACAGUCAUUUCAAACUUCUUUCCACUUUCCAAAAAUGUCCAGUCACUAGGAUGCUACAGUGAAAUCCGUCUCUCCCAACAGUUUUUUCUAAAGUAGCACUUGACGGAUACCAUUUUACAAAUGAUUUUAAUAGAAGUGGCAGUGGCAAAGUGCUCAAUCUGCUGAUUUCACUGAUUUUUUGGUUAAUUUUUAUAGCAGUGGGGCAAAAAACAUGGUCAUUAAAAUUCAAAUUAAAUCCUUCCAUCAUGUAAAAGCAGGAUCCACCAGUCGAUGUUUUAUGCAACUGGGCUGUUGCCUCAGUCACAGUGUGGACAGUGGACAAAUACAGUAACUUGUGUGCAUGUUAAUGUAUUAAAUGUCCUUUAUGAGAAGAGCAGAGCACUGACGUCACAGUGCAGAGUACCAGUUGCAUGGCAUGAAUAUGUCACUGACACACUGGUGUUUGCAUGACAUGCUCAACGUUUUCUGAAACCCUAAAGCCUUACUAUGUGCGUGUGGGAAAUGAGUGUGUUUUGAUUAGCAUGACAUUUUGUCCAAAUUGUUAACUUUCUAUGUAGUAUUUUGUAAAAUGCUUUUGAACGGUUUAAAAUGACUCUAGAUGUGCGCUGGAUUUGUACUGCACAUGACUACAUAUGUACUUGUUUCUACAAAUGUCAGCGAAGUGCCAAUUAUGCACCAGCGAGUGAGAAGUUCCGAUGAGAGGCAUUUUAAUUAUGCCUCUUUCAAUGUUAAUGAAGCCUGGGGGGAAGGAGAUGAAAUGUCAUGAAAGAAACGGGGGGAAACAGCCAGGAAAACAAUGUCACGUGUUUUGACGUGAACAAGCAGCCCUCUUCUCUUUCUGUGCACUCUGCUGUCCAUCUGAAGAAUUAGAAGAAAUUGCAUGUGAUUGCAGCCUCAAGUGCUCAGCUGAGGAGAGCGACUACAGAAGAGAAGUCAGCGACAUCAGAGCGAUGCAAAUUACUGAGGUUUCUCGCACACUGGCCCAAAGCUUCAGCUUAAUUCUGUGAGGAUUACUCUCACCUGGUGUUCGUAGCUCACUUGUAGCACUGCUAUUGAUGUGCUUUCUAUAUACUUCUUAUACAGUGACACUGAUGGUUAUUAUGGUGUGAAAGUCAGUGAUCUGUUGUAAUUCCUGUUGCGAACAUACAGUGCCUGCUCGUAGAGUUAUUGUACUUUCUACUCAGACUUCCUGAAUUGUAUUCAACCCUGUUGUUGCUAAACCCUCUCUGAGUUUUCUUCUAGCAUGACUAACAUAAUUCAGUAUUGUCAGUAAUAAAUUUAAGUGGAUUUUUAUUGUGUAGUGCUGGGUUGCCUUGGGCUCUGAUUGAGGAUUUGCAGCCGACACAAAUGUUUAUAUUGAUACCCCUGAAAUAUGGGUGAUGUGUUUUGAAAGUUGUCCAACUGAGUCCUAUUUUUAUAACUAACUGCUUUGGCUGUUUUAACGUGGCUUUAUUUAAUAAAAUUGAAUGUCUGGCCAGGCUGUGCUGCCAUCAACUGUGGCCUGGUCACAGAAAUGGUGAAAAGUUUGGCAACGUGUCUAGAGCAACCUUAUCAGUAAACAUAUCUGAAGAAAUAUGUAUUGUAGCUGUAACAAGUCAAAGUGGUCUUAAUUUGAUGGGAGGUUAAAUCGCUGUUUGUGUGUUUCUUUGACUUUCUUUGCUAGAAGCUUUCCAAAAUCUACAGAAAAAUAUCUGAUGAGAAACCAUUUUGGACUCAUGCUUUACUUCCUGUCUCCAGGUGGUUUCAGAAAAGACAGAACCGAAGACAAAAAUGUACGCUUUAGUUUUCACAUUGAACCACGUAGCAGCACAACGUUGCAUCGGACUUGUGCACUUUUUGCAGUUAACACAUUAAUUCACCUUCUGCACAGUGAACCUUUUAGACUCUGCUUCUCAGCCUCAGCACCUGUUUUUUUUUUUUACCUGUUGGUGGCGCUGGAUUAAAUGUUAAUUGACCACCAAAGUCAUCAGGAUUCAGCCUCUGAGGACCAUCAAUACAUGUACCAAAUGUUUUGACUAUUCAUUCAGUAGUUGUCAAGAUAUUUCACUUGGACCAAACUGGUGAACCAACAAACAGCCUGACUGUGUGGUUAAAAGCAAGUUUAAAUGCAAACCUACAUCUGAUCCACAGAGGAGUUACCAGAAUUAACUUUCCCAUUAUCCAGCCUGUGUCUGUCGUGGAAAUCUAUCUUUACAUCUCUGCACUCAAUAGCUGUUUAAUUAGGUACAAGGCUUGAAUGAUAGCAUCUAAACUAAGAAUUGAGGAAAGCAUCAGUGCCUGUGUAUGUGUGUGUGUGUGUGAGAGAGAGACCGAGAGUGGUGGUGGUCAGUUGGAUGUUGUUUUUCAUUGAUGACCACUAUUAAUUACUUAAGCUUUUUUAAUAUACUGUAUAUAUGCUGUGUCUCUCAAGUCUUCCUGUCUUGACAGGUUCUCUCUGAAAAAUGAAACUGAAAACUGCCGGUCCAUUACUUGACACUGAAAUGUUUAAUUUCUUUCCAGACUUAGAUAAAUAAUGGAAGCUGGUUUCCGUGUGCUGUUGCUGUUCUUGUUGUGUGUCUGGCCUGCAGGUAGACACUUUUUUUAUUGUGAUGCUACAACCAUUGACAGCUGUUCUCUGGCUUUACUGUAUUAAUGGGUGUGAAGUACUUAAAUUAAAGGAAGAGUUCC